AUGGUGUUAACGUCUUAUGAAAUCGCAUUUUUGCUAGCCAAGUGUGGAAAACCUUAUUCUGAUGGCAAAUCAUUAAAAAAAGUUUCGAUAUUUUUGCAAAAAAUGCAAAUGAUUCAAAAAUUUCUACAUAUUUCAAAACAAAUUUCGUGUAGUACUACUAAUUCUAAAUAUUUUUCUCUUGCGCUUGAUGAAAGCUGUGAUAUUACGGACAAUCCGAAAUUAAGUAUAUUUAUUCGAAGUGUGAAUUCUAAGUUUGAAGUGACGGAAAAACUUUUAGGACUUGAAGUACUCGAAACAUCGACAAAAGAAGCCUUAUGUGCCAAAAUUUUAAAAUUUGAUUAUGUAUUAAAACCAGUAUCUCGAUGUAUAAACAAAAUAAAAGCUCGGCCUUUAAAUCAUCGAUUAUUCAGAACUCUAUUUGAAGACGCCAUUAACGAGUCUGGUGAACUAUUAUUAUUUUGUGAAGUAAGAUGGCUUGCAAAAGGAAAAGCAUUAGAAAGAUUUUUUAGUCUAAAAGACGAAGUUAUUGAAUUUUUAGAAAAAAAUAAUGAAUUGCCUGAUGAAUGUGAACUAGUGAAAUACUGA